AUGUUGAGAGCGGUUCAAAGAGACGAUAUCGACAAAUUGGUGCAACUGGGCAAAGAUACAGGCAUAUUCGGUCCUGGUGAAGCUGAUGACUUGCUUGGCAAGACGAUCGUCGAUUUGCUUGACGCAAAGCUGCCAAGUGGCCAUCAAGCCCACGUGCUGCAGGAUGACGUGAAUGUAUUGGGAUGGAUGUACUUUGGUCCUACUGAAGAUGAUCCAAAUGUUUGGAACCUCUGGUGGAUAGGCGUGGAUCCAAAGUACCAAGGCAAAGGCUACGGCAAGAAUCUCCUGCACUUCUUCGAAGCAACAGCGACCAAAGCCUGUGCCAAGGAGGUCAUGAUUGAAACAAGCUCGGCACCAUUGCUCGAAAGGACAAGGGCUUUCUACACUCAGCAAGGCUAUUGCGUGUCACGCACUGAGCCUGACGCAUAUGGACCAGGGGAAGCUAAGGUUCUGUUUACAAAGGCUGUGAAUAGCCGCGUAUGA